CCACGCGCGUGUUCCUCGCCCUCCCCCGCCCCGCGGGUGGGCGUGGGGGGCUCGGGGAGCGCCGAGGGGGGCGCGGCGGUGGGUGCGGGAUGCGCGGCCCCCGAUGGGAUGUAGCGGGCGGCUGUUGGGACCCGCCGGGGGCGGCCGCGGCUCUUCGCUGCUCCUCACCAUGAUCCUCUUCUUCACCUACUUCUUCUCCUGCCUGCCCGGGCCCUGCGAGCCGCUGCCGCCCGCGCUGCUGCUGCCGCCGCCCGCCGCGCUGCCCGCGGGGCCGGGGGGCUCCUCGGGGGGCUCCUCGGGGGGCUCCGGGGGUUCCUCGGGCUCCUCGGGGGGCGGCAGCCGCCGUUUCCCCCAGGCCAUCAUCGUGGGCGUGAAGAAGGGCGGGACGCGGGCGCUGCUGGAGUUCCUGCGGGCGCACCCCGGGGUGCGGGCGGUGGGUGCCGAACCCCAUUUCUUCGACAGGUGCUACGAGAAGGGGCUGCGCUGGUACAGGAGCCUGAUGCCACGGACCCUGGAGGGACAGAUCACCAUGGAGAAGACCCCCAGCUACUUUGUCACCAAGGAGGCCCCGCGGCGCAUCCACAACAUGUCCCGGGACACCAAGCUGAUCGUGGUGGUGCGGGACCCCGUGACCAGAGCCAUCUCGGACUACACACAGACCCUCUCCAAAAACCCCUCCAUCCCCAGCUUCCAGGCCCUGGCCUUCAAAAACCUCAGCACGGGACUGAUCGACACGAGCUGGAGCGCGGUGAGGAUCGGCAUCUACGCCAAGCACCUGGACAACUGGCUGCAGUACUUCCCGCUCUCCAAAUUCCUCUUCGUCAGCGGGGAGAGGCUGGUCAGCGACCCCGCCGGGGAGAUGGGCCGUGUGCAGGACUUCCUGGGGCUCCAGAGGCUGGUGACAGACAGACAUUUCUAUUUCAACCAGACCAAGGGCUUUCCCUGCCUGAAGAAGCCGGAGGGGGGGAGCAAACCCCGCUGCCUGGGGAAAUCCAAGGGGCGGCCGCACCCCAGAAUCGACGGGCAGGUGGUGCAGCGCCUGCGGGAGUUCUACAGACCCUUCAACAUGAAGUUUUACCAGAUGACAGGGCAGGAUUUUGGGUGGGACUGAGCCCAGCCCCAGGGCACGCUGCCGGGUUGGCACCUGGGCUGCCAGGACUGCAGUUCAGGAUGCCCGUGGUCACUGUGGUCAAGGGAUGCCCGUGGUCAUCGUGGUCAAGGGAUGCCUGUGGUCAUCGUGGUCAAGGGAUCCUCAUGGUCAUUACUGUCCAGGGAUGCCCAUGGUCAUUGUGGUCAAGGGAUCCUCAUGGCCAGUAUGGUCCAGGGAUGCCCGUGGUCACUGUGGUUUGGGGAUGCCCAUGGUCAUCAUGGCCCAGGGAUCCUCGUGGUCAGUGUGGUCCAGGGAUGCCCAUGGUCACUGUGGUUUGGGGAUGCCCAUGUUCAUCAUGGCCCAGGGAUGCCCAUGGUCAUCAUGGCCCAGGGAUGACCUUGGUCACAUUGUCCAGGGAUGCCUGUGGUCAUCGUUGUCCAGGGAUGCCCAUGGUCAUCAUUGUCCAGGGAUGCCCGUGGUCAUCAUGGCCCAGGGAUCCUCGUGGUCACUGUGGUUUGGGGAUGCCCAUGGCCAUCAUGGCCCAGGGAUGCCCGUGGCCAUCAUGGCCCAGGGAUGCCCAUGGCCAUCAUGGCCCAGGGAUGCCCUUGGUCACAUUGUCCAGGGAUGCCCGUGGUCAUCGUUGUCCAGGGAUGCCCAUGGCCGCCCCACCAGCACCCUCCUCCCUUUGUUCUAAUUUAUAUCGGACCUUUUCUGGCAAGAAACGGACUUUUCUGGAGUAGAGAGAAAUAUUUAAUAAAAGCACAGAUGAGCCCUC